UCCGCCUCCUUUGGGUGACUCAGCAUAACAGGAAGCAGGAAGUGCUCACGUCCAAGCACGUAUAUCUGCCACAGGACUUUGGCUGCCAGCGCUGGUGUCAGGAUGGCAGGCAGGCUCUCGCUUCCGGAGGUGGAUCUCUCCUGUCCCAUAUGCUGCGAAAUCUUCAAAGACCCGGUGGUCCUCAAGUGCAGCCACAGCUUCUGCGCGCCCUGCCUGCAGCAGUACUGGACGCACGGCCGGAGCCGAGACUGCCCUCUGUGCAGGACCCAGUCCGUGGACGACCCCGUUCCCAGCCUCACCCUCAAGAACCUGUGCGAGUCGUGCAUGGAGGAGAGCGAGGGUCGCGGGGAGGCGGCGGGAGAGCUGUACUGUGAUCCGGGAGAGAUGUGCCCACUUCACGGGGAGAAGCUGAAGCUUUUCUGCCUGCCGGACAAGGAGCCCAUCUGUGUGGUGUGUCACACCUCCAGGAAGCACAAACAGCACGACUGCUGCCCCGUCAGCGAGGCUGUGGUAGACGUGAAGGAGAAAAUGAAGUCAGCCCUCAGCGCUUUGCAGGAAAAGAGGGACGCUUUUGACAAAAUGAAGAAAAACUAUGAGGACACGGUGGCAUACAUUCAGGUCCAGGCUCGAUUCGUGGAGAGGCGAACGCGCGAGGAGUUUGAAAAGCUUCACUCUUUCCUGCGGGCCGAGGAGGAGGCCCGGAUGGAGGCGCUGAAGAGGGAGGAGGAGCAGAGGAGUCGAGCGAUGGUGCAGAGGAUCGAAGAAAUUAGCGGAGAUAUAACGUCUCUGUCUGAGUCCAUCAGAGUGUUGGAGGAGGAGAUCGCUUUGGAGGGCAUCUCCGUCCUUCAUACAUGCAAGAGGACACUGAUGAGAGCUAACUGCCCAAUCGAAGAUCCAGUGAUGGCCCCCGGAGCGCUCAUCGAUGUGGCCAAAUAUGUGGGCUCUCUGAGCUUCCACGUCUGGGAGAAGAUGCAUAAAAUCGUCAAAUACACCCCGGUGACGCUGGACCCCAACACCGCCGCCCCGUGGCUCAUCCUGUCAGACAACCUCACCGCCGUCUGUGACAGCGACGAGAAGCAGAAGCUGCCCGACAACCCGGAGAGGUACGACCCAGACACCGGCGUGCUGGGCCGCGAGGGCUUCACCUCGGGCAAGCGCGCCUGGGACGUCAGUGUGGGAGAUAACACGGCGUGGGUGGUGGGCGUGGCUAAAGCAUCCGUCCAGAGGAAAGAGAAAGUGUCUUCGGUGCUGAAGAACGGCUACCUGUGCGUGUACUUUUACCACAAAAUGUACUUUGCGGGCACCUCUCCCUUAACCAGGCUCAACCUGAAGAGGAACCCGCAGAGGAUCAGAGUGCAGCUGGACUGUGAGAAGGGCAGGGUGUCUUUCUACGACCCACACGACAACACACACAUCUACACCUUCAAGCACGCCAUCACCGAGAGAGUCUUCCCUUACUUCUGGGUGGGGUGUCAGCAGUGCCCUUUGACGGUGGAACCACUGGAGGUUUCCGUCAAAGCUGUGGAGUAUUGUUGAAAAUGCAUUUGCACUUCACAACCUUUCCUCAGCACAAAAGGAGCAGCAACUGUUCUUGAAGUUGACACAGCGUGAGGGGAGUGUUCAGAAUGUGAAGUGCAGGAUUUCAGCACUUUCUUUCCAGGCUCAAUACGACCUUUUCCACUUUGAAACAUAAUCAGUACUUACUCGUUUCAGUUUGAUCUUUGCACUUUGGACUACAAUAUUAUGUCCCGCUAUUUCUUUAAAAUGUGUUUAUUGUUUAUGUAAAACACAGUCGGACAGCAUAAUGUGUGUUUUAAAGUGGUGCAGGGUAGCCGGGAAAAGGAUGACUGAAUCCAUCCGCAGUUUGCAGUGUUUGUAAAAUGACCCUGAUGGUUUGCAUGUCAAACUCGUGUCAUGUCGGUUGUUAUGUUAGACACUAAAUAUGCUUUGUGUGCACAUGUUAGUGAUGUUACAGAAAUUUGAGAGUGCUCAUUUACUAAUAAAUCAUUUGCAGAUAUCAUGAGUUCCCUGUCUGUCCUGUCUGUCG